GAAGAUAUCAUACAAAUAGCUCAGCUUUAAGGGUUAUUAUCUACAGACACUUCUUGAAGUAACUUCGACUCAGAGUUAUUUUGUUGGGACAAACCCUCUAUUCUCACUGGGAAUCAGGGUCUCAUCCAGAAUGAUGAAACUCAGUGUUUUCCUUCUCAUGCUCCUCAUGGAGACGUGCUCAGUCUCCACUUAUCUUGCAGGAGAAAACCUGGCCGUUCAAGGAACAGCCGCACAGUCAUCAGUGUAUGGGUCUGGCCCUGCAGAUAGAGCCAUUGAUGGGAAUCGGUCCCCCACGUGGGGUCACGGUUCCUGCAGUCACACAAACAAUGAUGUGAACCCCUGGUGGAGGCUGACUCUGUCCAAAACAUACAAAGUGUUUUCUGUUAAGAUAACCAACCGAAAUGAAGUCCCCGAACGACUCAAUGGAGCCGAGAUCCGCAUUGGAGAUUCUCUUGUAAACAAUGGUGCUGACAAUCCCAGGUUUGCUGUAAUCACCAGCAUCCCGGCAGCUGAAACAGCUGAGUUCCAGUUUCUCAACGGGAUGGACGGCCGCUAUGUUUACAUAGGUAUCCCUGGAAGAGAGGAGUACCUGACCCUCUGUGAGGUGGAAGUCUACGGGUACCUUGCCCCAACUGUUGCAGGAGAAAACCUGGCCGUUCAAGGAACAGCCGCACAGUCAUCAGUGUAUGGGUCUGGCCCUGCAGAUAGAGCCAUUGAUGGGAAUCGGUCCCCCACGUGGGGUCACGGUUCCUGCACUCACACAAACAAUGAUGUGAACCCCUGGUGGAGGCUGACUCUGUCCAAAACAUACAAAGUGUUUUCUGUUAAGAUAACCAACCGAAAUGAAGUCCCCGAACGACUCAAUGGAGCCGAGAUCCGCAUUGGAGAUUCUCUUGUAAACAAUGGUGCUGACAAUCCCAGGUUUGCUGUAAUCACCAGCAUCCCGGCAGCUGAAACAGCUGAGUUCCAGUUUCUCAACGGGAUGGACGGCCGCUAUGUUUACAUAGGUAUCCCUGGAAGAGAGGAGUACCUGACCCUCUGUGAGGUGGAAGUCUACGGGUACCUUGCCCCAACUGGAGAGAACCUGGCCGUUCAAGGAACAGCCGCACAGUCAUCAGUGUAUGGGUCUGGCCCUGCAGAUAGAGCCAUUGAUGGGAAUCGGUCCCCCACGUGGGGUGACGGUUCCUGCACUCACACAAACAAUGAUGUGAACCCCUGGUGGAGGCUGACUCUGUCCAAAACAUACAAAGUGUUUUCUGUUAAGAUAACCAACCGAAAUGAAGUCCCCGAACGACUCAAUGGAGCCGAGAUCCGCAUUGGAGAUUCUCUUGUAAACAAUGGUGCUGACAAUCCCAGGUUUGCUGUAAUCACCAGCAUCCCGGCAGCUGAAACAGCUGAGUUCCAGUUUCUCAACGGGAUGGACGGCCGCUAUGUUUACAUAGGUAUCCCUGGAAGAGAGGAGUACCUGACCCUCUGUGAGGUGGAGGUGUUUGGCUCUGCACUGGAUUAGCAUUCAAUGUAAUGGAUUUGCAAAGAUGCUGUAAUGUGUACACAAAGCAUCCAAAAUAUGUGCACCUUAAAUUUCAUUGUUUGCAUGACGUCAAGAUUUACUGUUGGAGAUUGCAACAAAAGUCUGCCUUGACUUUUGCUUUUACACGGGACUUGUACACCUUUUGGGAAUGUGCUUGUUUUAUGUCAUAAGAAAAUAACUGAUUUUUUGUUUCUAUCAAUCAUUAAAGAACAGUGAAAGCAA